AUGAACCGAUACACUACCCAGAGUCCCGCAUCUACCGAUGUAUCACUGGCAGACUCUCGAGAUAGCGCGACACGUCGUCACGAUAACCCGAUCACUUCUGCAGAGACUGUCGAGAUAGACUUUCUGAAAAGGCAGUUGCAAUCUUUGACACGUGCUAAAGCUCAGGCUAGCAAGAAGUGUGAUGAUUUGUUCCGCGAUAUUUCUGCUUGGUCUGAAAAAUAUGAGAAGGAAAAAACUAGGCGGACGCAAAGCGAGGAAAAACUGGCGAAAGAACGGCGCACAGUUAUUGGAUUGAAGAAGGAGAUGAAGGAGAUGAAGGAAAAGACUGAUAAGGAGGUGCGGGAGGUUAAGUCUGAACUCGAAAAUGAGAGGAAGAAGUGGAUGGGACAGGUACCAUCUACUAAUAGGAAGCCCAAAGGUGCUGUCCAAGUUAGUGCCGCCAAUCUACAAAGCCGCAUCAAGCAUUUGGAGGAAGAAAAUGCUCGGUUGCAAUCGCUAACCAAUCACUACGAUUGCGAGAGGAUUUACGAGGACGCCCAGCAGCGAAUCGAUGAUGCCAUGACCCUCCUGCGAACUACGGAAGCUGAGGUCGAGGAGCUGCACCAUCUUGAGAGUGCUAAUGAAGAACUUACGGAGCAGCACUACUUUGACACACAACAGAUCGAGGAACUCUUUGAUGAGCUAGAGUGUUGUAAAGGCAAGGUCGAGAAACUCGAAAACGAGAUUGCCAUUGCCAACGAGCAGCGGAGCUUGGAGUCCCCCACAUCUUCCCAUUCUGAUAUCUCCGAUAUCUCACCCGGUGCGUCACUCACGCCUAUCCAGCCUUUGGAAGAAACCUCAGAAACUGAUCAUCUCAGGCAGACUCUCCACGACGCAGAAGCUGAAAACGAGAAGAUAAUCAGCGCAUUCGCCAAGCUGUCGCACGAGCACUGCGACACAAUGGUCGAACUAGACGAGCUCUCAGAACAGAUACUAUUGCUGCACAACGCAAACCUCGACCUCGAGGCUCGCAAUGAAGUUCUCGAAUCUCAACUUCAAGCCGCUGUCCAGCUUCUCCACGCCACAAACGAGGAGACUGAGCAGGACUGUCCAGCCCACCACCGUUCCCACACUACCUUCUCCGACCCAGCCUUUGUCAAUGACCUACCUACCUCGAAUCCCGAGUCCCCUAUCCCCGUCAACAUCCGCCUGUACGAGAAACGCGACUGGCCCCUCUUGUACCAUGUCCAACGCACCCUGUUCCGCACUUCUCCCUUGCAAGUCGACGGCCCUUCGCAGCUUGUGCGCGAGUUCGUGGCGCUGAUGCAGAAUGCAGAUGCCGAGUUCCAAGAGACCAAGGAGCGGGUGGAGAAGUUGGAGCGGGCAUUUGAGGUGGGUGUGCAGGAGGUGGAGAAGUUGAAGAGGGGUAGGUAG